AUGGUCAUGAUUGCAGUGAGAAGAAAGAAACCACUCACAAUUUGGAUCAAUUGGGUUGAGAGUAUUAUUUUCUUUAUUUUUGUCUUGUAUUCGAUUGGAACUGCUAUUAUUCAUGUGGUGUAUUUGAGUCGAGAGUAUGCUUAUAAUUAUAAGAAACGACAAAAGGAUCCUUCUUAUUUUGCAAACAAGUCUGCAAGUUUGGAGGAACAUUUUGCAGUUGAAAUUUUGGAAAUUUUUGUGCAAUUAUCACAGUGUGAGCAGCAUUGGAAAGGAAAAUGGAAACUCUACCAAUUGGUUAGUCAUGAAGAUGAUGACGGUGGUUUGGAAGAAACAGAUGAUGAUUAUGCAGAUUAUAAGGCAGCUCAUUAA